GCUGAAUCUCCCUAAUUCAGUCCUUCCCAACUACCCCUUUUGUUCUAUCCCUAUUCCCAUUAUAGUUCUUGAAAACAGAGCUAUGGAGGGUCAGGGGAGGCUUGGUUUGGUUUUCUUCCUCUCCGUUUUCGUGCUUCUGUUUCUUUCCCAAUGCCUGAAUUCAGCGGAAGAGGAUGAGAGUUCCCUCAAGUUGGAAUUAAUACACAGGCAUGCCCAUCCACAGCUCAACUCAAGGCUUAAAACCCAGCUCGAACGUGUCAAGGAGCUUCAUCACAAUGACAUGAUUCGCCAGAACAUGAUUGUCCAUAAGCGGCGAUUAACCCAAACUCCACCGGAGAACAGGGGGACGGUGAGGGGUGACAAUGCUGGUAUUGGAAUGCAGAUUUACUCCGCCAGCGAUUUUGGGUUGGGGCAGUACUUUGCGUCGUUUAAUGUGGGGACACCGUCGCAGAAGUUCACCCUGGUGGUGGAUACUGGCAGCGACUUAACGUGGAUGAAUUGUAGAUAUCGGUGCGGUGAAAGGUGUAGGGAGAAUGCAAGGAUUAACCAGCGACCGGUUUUCCGGGCCGACCUUUCGUCAUCGUUCAGGCCAGUCCCCUGUUUGUCAAGGAUGUGUAAAGUUGAGCUGAGCAACCUUUUCUCCCUCAAUGCUUGUCCAACACCACACACCCCUUGUGGUUUUGAUUUCAGAUAUGUAGACGGUUCCGGUGCAUUGGGGUUUUUCGCUAACGAGACAGUGAGUGUGGACCUCACUGAUGGUCGUAUGACGACACUGCACGGCGUGCUGGUCGGAUGCAGUGACUCUUUCAAGGGGGAUAACUUUGACAAGGGUGCCGAUGGCGUUUUGGGGUUAGCCAACGGGAAGUACUCCUUUACAACAAAAGCUACUCAGUAUUUCGGUGGCAAAUUCUCGUAUUGCCUCGUCGAUCACUUGAGCCCCAAGAAUGUUACUAAUUAUCUCGUUUUUGGUAGCAGCAAAAAGGAAACAUCACACAUGGGCAGAACUCGGCAUACCAAAUUGGAGCUAAAUCUGAUCCCACCGUUCUAUGCUGUAAAUGUUGUUGGAAUCUCCGUAGGCAAGAUAAUGGUGAACGUUCCCGUUAUGGCUUGGGACGCAACGCAAGGUGGAGGGAUGAUAUUGGAUUCAGGUAUGAGCCUAACACUCCUCUCGAAACCUGCCUACAUGCCCGUCAUGUUUGCCCUGGAAGCCUCCCUUACGAAAUACGAAAGAGUAAAGUUGGAUGGGGUACCGAUGGAAUACUGUUUCAAUUCGACUGGAUUUGACAAGACAGCGGUGCCAAAAUUGGUGUUUCAUUUUGUGGAUGGAGCUAGAUUUGAGCCUUUUGUGAAGAGUUACAUUAUAGAUGUUGCGGUUGGGGUUAAGUGCCUGGGGAUUGUGUCCGGAAUUUGGCCUGCAUCGUCCGUUAUUGGCAAUAUCAUGCAACAAAAUCACUUGUGGGAAUUUGACUUGGUUGGGAAGAAGUUGGGUUUUACUCGUUCAACUUGUAGCUAGCAAGAUUACAAAUAUUUGUUUACAUGAAAUUGUGGUUUCCUUUCUCCACUUAUAUAUGUCUUGUUACAUAUAUAUAUACAUAGUCCCAAUGCAAUCAAGGGGUAUUAUUCUUCAAUUUCCAUGUAAUUUGUUAAUUGACUAUGGUGUUUGAAUCAAUUCAAUCUUCUAAU